GUCACAGCCAAGUAUGUCAUUAUCUUUAUUACUGUGCAGUACAAUGUUACCUACGCUACUGAUGAUAAGAGUGAACUUGUUCAUUUCUAUGAGUAUGGUCCAAAAGAUAUUGCCACUAUCUUCUUCUACAUGCUAAUUGCCAUUAUUCUUCAUGCUGUGAUCCAAGAAUACAUACUAGAUAAAAUUAACAGACGUCUCCAUCUGUCAAAAACAAAGCACAGCAAAUUCAAUGAAUCGGGACAGCUAGCAUUUUUCUAUUUGUUUUCAUUUACCUGGGGAGCAAGUAUUUUGACUGCAGAGGAAUUCAUGACAAACCCUACUUUGCUAUGGAAAGAAUAUCCCCAUUCUCGCAUGCUUUUUCAGGUAAAAUUCUUCUAUAUCUGCCAGAUUGCCUAUUGGCUUCAUGCACUGCCAGAAUUAUAUUUCCAGAAGAUUAGAAAGGAAGAUAUUCCAAGACAGCUGUAUUAUAUCUGUCUUUACAUUGCUCACAUAUCUGGUGCCUAUGUAUUAAACCUGCAACGUUUGGGGCUAAUUUUACUCGUACCUCAUUAUUUAGUGGAACUGAUCUUUCACGCCUCUCGUCUUUUCUACUUCAGUGAUGAAAACAAGCAGAAAGGAUUUACCCUUUGGGCUUUACUGUUUGUAAUGACUCGUCUUCUGACGCUAACUUUAUCUGUCCUCACGUUUGGAUUUGGUCUGGCAAGAGUAGAGAAUCCAGUUUUUUCCAUAGUAGAUGGAAACUUCAAUGUACUCACUGUGAGGAUUAGCUGUUUGGCUGCAGUUUGUUUAACACAGGCCUGGAUGAUGUGGAAAUUUAUAAAUUUCCAGCUGAAAAAAUGGAGAGAGCACACCCAGAACCAAAUUCCUAGGAGAAAAAUAAAUAACACGAAGAGCAAACCAACAAAAAAGGAAACAAACAGAGCUAAUGUUGUCAAUGGAGCAGUAAAAUUAGAAGAUGGAGCAUCACCCAGAACAAGAAAAUCAAAAGCAUUAUGAAACAGAAGCUAAUGUUAGAAGACAAAGUAUUGACAGAAGACUGAUUAAAAAUAUAUUCUAUCACUGCAAAAUCAUUGACUAUUAUUUGGCUGUCUUGCAAUAUUAAAUGGACACUGCCAGGCUAUAAUAUUUUAAACACGUUUAUUUUGUUUAUUAAUACAUAACUCAUAUUCUGAAACCAGAAUGGAUAAUAAAAACAGACAAGUCAGUUCCACUUUGCAGCAUCGUGCUAGUAGCUUACAAGAGCUAGAAAGUUUGAGGUAUUUAUUAAAUUCUAAAAAGAUUCUUAUAAAAGUAAGGUUAGUGUUUCCAACCUACAUUUUGGGUUAAAAAGAUCUGACCAUGUCUGUUUGAAGUCUGCUUUUUGCACAACAGACUUUUUUAUUAUUAUUAUUAUUAUUAUAUUCUUCUCAACUGGAAUAAGAAAUGGUAUGUCUGAAAUGCAUCUAGCAUGGCAAAAAUAAAAGAUGUUUACCGUUUCUUUUCAAAGGUUAUUUAACACUUGACUUAAAAACCAGGUUCAUAAAGUCCAGAUAUCACUCGUUUCUUCUUACAUUCAAAGUGAUUGUGAUAUGUAAUGGAGGCACAGAAUAGUGGCUGCAUUUACCUUGCAGAAUUGUGAUUUUGCAAUGGGUAGUACGGUCUUAUAUGGAAAAGAGUUGUCAGUCAAACAAUAAAGAUGAAAGCUUUGUUUCAUUCAAGUAAAUUGCAAAACUCCUGUGGAUUUCAGGAAGGAUAAAAUCCUAGACCCGUGUCCAAAUAUUAGAGAAUUUUCCCCUUUCUUUAUUGUAACUGACCUGUUUUGAAAGUUACUGAUGACUCAAGAAUUUUAUCAGUCAGGUUUAGGAAGCAUACUUUCUGUAGGUGAAAUUGUACAUAGUUGCUGAACUACUGUGGUAGUGACUCCAUUAAAACAUCUAUUGGAAAUAGAUUUCAUAAUAUUUUAAACGUCUGAGUUAGGCAAAUACUUGUUUUGGUUUCGGACUCAAGUUUUAUGCCUUCACAAAGCUAUUAAGAAGCUUCUUACCUAAAUAGUCCAUUUGAGAUGCAAUUCAGUUAAAACUCAGUAGACCUUUUUGUAAAGUCUUCUCAGAAGUAAUAUGGUCAGAUGCUCAUUUAAUUAAGUGGUUUAGUAAAUACUGCAUUAUAGGCCUCUGAUCAUCAAACAAUGCCAUCUGAUUUUGCCUGGCUUCUUGUAUUACUUGUCAUCUUUUCAGCCAAUGAAUCUUGCUGUUCCAGCAAGCACAUCAGGUGUUCAGGAAAUAACUGACUUAUAAUAUGUUUGGGCACAUAAUAUACCAGAAAUGUGCAUUUAAUGGCAUUGCCACACAUUCUGAAGUGUCUGUGGUUAAAAAACUUUACCAUUCCUGAAGUGUUUAUCUCUCAAAAUAUUGUAUAAACAACUUUUUUUUCAAAGAAUAGAUACUUAAAUGGUAUUCAUAUUAAGCUUUUUCUUGAAUGCCAUUUCUCUUCCCCCUCACUGGCUGCUCAGGUGCUUUCUUCCCUUCUAGCCUGUGUCUUUCUUCCCUUCAAGCAGUGUGGAAGUGUGAUGGGGGGAUUGUUUUUGCGAGGGUUUGGUGUUUUUUGUUUUUAUUUUUUUAAAUAAAGUGAAGCAAGUAGGACUGUUGGGGAGCCACUUAUACAAGCUCCAGUUGUAUCAGUCUACUUACUCUCCAUUAAACUGGCUGUAAGCCAUGAAAUCACAUCCAAUAGAAAUAUGUUUUGGAUGCUACCCACCCAGGUUAAACUUGAAAAAUAUACAGGCCACCCAUAUUUCAAAUGUAAUGUUUGGAGCACUUUACAAGUGUAAAUCUUCAAAACCCUUCUGUAAGGUUAUGAGGUAAUAGUAGGUUUCCUAAUUCCUGGUUGUAUAAAGAAAUUGCACCAGAAUCCUGACCACAAUUCUGUGAAAAACAAGUGACAGAGACUAAAGGUUCUGUAUCAUUACCGAUUCCUGGAGCCACUGGAUCUCUCAGUCUUAGAUGUUGCCAUACUGAUCUAAGCACUUGUUUGACUAUGAUAAAACUACUGCUAUUUUUGUAAGUAACCUUCUUAGUCAUGUGUGACUAGUAUCUAAAUGCUAUUUAAAAUCUGUGACCCCAUUUUCUACUUUGCCAUAAUUGUUCCUGUGUGCAAAUAGAUUGUAGGAGUAUUGCGUGUGACUUCACAUAAACUUGUACAUUUCUACUGAAAAUGUUUACCAUGGAACUAGAAUAUAUAUAUUUUUUUAAUGAUUUUAAUAAACUUAUUUGUAUAAUCAUGAAUGCCUCAUUUGAUAAAAGUAUCAUCUUUUGAGCAGUUUUGGUAGGACCUGCUUAGCCUUCAGGGUAUUUCUCAACCAUGCUGCUCACAAGACAAUGCUUUCUCUGAUAAGUACCUGCAACUGUAAUUGUACUGUAAACAUCGUAGCUUUUGGGUCACUUGGCAGCAAGAUGGCCGACAGUUAAUUAUACAGGUCAAAUACUUUUACCCUGAAGAAAGGAAAUUAUAAACUUAAGGGCACUGUGAAUUUGAACCGAAAACUACAUUUGUUUUACAUUACUGAUGCAAACACGUUUUUGAAUGAAUAUGUUCUCCUUGCCCCCAGUCAACUUUAAAGCAUUUAGGCAAAGUUUUUCAAACACAGGAGACUGACUUUAGAUUUCAAGUAACCAAAUUUGCCAAGUGUUGAGCACUUAAUACACACAAAAGAAUCUGGCCAUAGGAGCCUAAAAUUAGAUUAUUUUUGAAAAUUCUGACUCCAAUCUCUUGCCAUUUUUUUUCUUUUCAGAAUAAUGGGAAGGUGUAUUCUUAAUACUCUUAUGAAUCAAAUAAACAAAAUAUCUUGGAAUAUUAUUUUUGUUGCAUGUUAAACAUAAAACACUUAAAUUAUUCAUUUAAACUACUUUUCUUUUAGCAAGUGUCCUUGGAUUAUUUCCAUUGUGUGUAAGGCUACUGUUCUGCCGCAUGCAUACAUGCAGUACCUGUAAAGUACGGAUAAGAACCUCCAUUUUGUAGCAUGAGAGGAACACUUUUUUUUUUCUUUUUUCUUUUCUUUUUUUUUUUUUUUUUUAAGUAAAAUUCACUAUUUAUCAUUUCAUUGCAUUUUUUUGAAAACUCACUGUGUAAUAUCAAAUGCAUGAAAUAAACUGUAGGCCUGUGCCUUAAUAUUAAAACAUUUCAGUAAACUAAACAACUUGCAGCAAAAAGCUGUUUGCACUUAGUGUUUUUGAUACAUUUACAUGGUAAUUAUUUUAGUGAGUGUUGCACCAUUUUUAAAUUCCUAAUGAUGGACACUAGAAUGUGUUGAGAUGUUGGACAAGUAGUUCAUUCACAUACAAAAAUGUGGGACCUGCCUUGGGAAGCAGACUGGGCUGUUAUUGAGAAAUAAUAAUGACUGAAAGAAGUAGCUUGGUCAUCUUGAUAGAAAUUCUGUGAUGUUAAUGCAUAGAAAGGCUGUUUCUGUGAAGAUGAAGGUUGGUUGUGGGUUUUCUUUUUUAAUUUGUUUUUCGUAACUCCCCAUAUGAUUUGAGUCAGGAUGACAAGUGUAUGGGACUUAAGGGCUAGGAUAACAAGAGUAUAUGAUAGUAGUGAGAGCAACAAACAGCUCUAGCAUUUGCUUAUUAAUAUGAAUAGGACUCCCCUCUCUCCAUCAGCAAUCUAAGUUAAAGUUUAUUUAAAGUUUUGGGGGGUUUUUUUGAAUCCACAAUAGAAUACCACACCCAUCACCACAUAUCAGCCAAUCUUGAAUUAAUUUGUACUGCCAACUAAAAUGUUACAAAUUGUUCUGUUCCAGGAAGAGCCUCUGUGACAUUCAGGACUCCUGUCCUUGUAUUAAGCACAAUAUAUUAUAGGGAAGCGAUGGGAGAGAGAGAACUUUAAAUUCCAAUUAUAAAUUAUAAUUAAAAAUUCCAAAGUGCUUGACUUUUUUCUUUUUUUUUUAAAUUUUGUUCCUUGGAAAUAGUCCAAACACUUGUUCUACCAUCUUGGAAACGUACUAUUUUUUUCCCUAACAAAACACUUAAAACUAACCCAGACCUCUGAUGCUAUUACAAACCCCUAAUUCAAUAAAGCACAUAAGUAUGUUUUUGUCUCAUUUCUUCAAUGGGAAUUGUGUGCGUGCAAAUUAAGUGCUUAGUUGAAUAGGGGUAUAAAUUAAGCUGUAUGCUAAUCAGGGUGUAAAUAAACAGUGAAUAUUGCCAUUUAAUCUUUUUGUCACAGUUGUGUCAAAUAGGAUUUUCUUAGGCACUCUAGACUGGCAUUCCUAUAGAUGUUCUGGCACAUCAAAAAAUCCCAUCUACAGUUUUUACCAUCAGAAAUGUCCAGCAUAAACUUAGGUGCAAGCAUGGCAGAACUUUACAAAACUGGGCUGGUAUAAUUUGUUAUUUUUUUAAAUGUGUGAACUUAAACUAUAUUAACAACCAAGUUUUGCACAAACUUAUGACUACUUCAGAUCUGUAAACUUUACCUGCAGUUACAUGAGACCUCACUGCAAAAUUUGAAACAUUUUUUUAAUUAUGUAAUAACUCUACUUUCAUAGUCCCAUUAAACUUUUAAAAACAUCUUAUUUGCAUUACAAGUCAGAGCCAUUGCAGUCAACUGUGUUGCAUCAUGUCAACGGAACAGGAAUGUGCACGUUAAUAAUAUGUUUUGAAACCAAAACUGGUCCUAUUCUUUUAAAAACCCAUCCCCAAAUAAUAAGAGUUGUGCUUUGUCUGACUUACUGUUUAAGGUUACACUUACAUUUUUUAUGUGCAAAAAAAAGUUGAAGCUACACUUGCUUUUCUGUUACAUUGACCUUUUUACAGACCUUUUACAAAUAAACAAACAAAGAAACUGUAACAAGAUAUGUUCCUAAUGGAAAUAUAAUGAUGUGAACGCUAAUGCUGUUUCUAUGCCCGGAGUUCAGCAAGACCUGAUCAAACUCCCACUGAAGUCAGUGGAUUGACUCCUAGUAGGAGUUAGAUCAGACACUAAAUGUACAGAUUCUUUAAGAACUUGGUUUAUUCUGGCUCCCAGAUGCAUGUAAGAAUUUCUAAAUGCACAAUACUGCCAAGAAUCAAUUAUAUUAUUUCUCUUUAAACCAAUUGGUUUCCUUACUUAGCUUAAAUUCUUUACGGGAGGGACAGUGUAUCACCAUUGAUUUCUUUGUUUCCCAAUAUUACUUAUAGGAAUGACUGCUGCAUCUAGCUAAGUUGGAGGCAUACUGCUUUUUUAGAACCUCUGUCCAAUGCCUUUCUUGCACUAUCUGUUGAACUUUCAUCACAAAAAAAUACUAGGACUGAGAGAAUUUUCUAAAAGAACCUCGACACUGUAAAUGGUAAAAUCCUAGAUGCUUAACUUCUUUGAAUGUCACCUCAUUUAAGUCUCACUAGUUGAAAUUAAGCCUAUGGAUUUAAUCAUAAACAAGAGAGUAAUGUUUACAAACUGUAAUAGUGUCUUAACAUUUCCUACAGUUAUCCAGUAAAAGUCUAUGUAGAGUUGACUCUACAUUUAAACCAGCAACGUACUUCAUAUUAAGUAUAAUAUGAACCAUGAUGAAUGUGCAUCUGUCUGACUGCAACAAAUACACUGGUUUGGUUUUUAAUUGCUGUUAAACUGGACUUUCCACUCAAUAAAUAUGUCUGUCCUCUUCUAUUUGGAUUGGUGAAAUGCAUUGUUUUUUUUUAUAAUGCAUUAUAAAAAUACCUUUUUUUUUAAACAUCACUUCAUCCCUCAUUCUAUAGGCUAAAACUGUGCUUUAAUAAAACCUUUUCUUGUUGAAAACACCAUAAUUUAUUUUGCUUUUUAAACACUGCAAGUAGUUAUGUAGGUUUUUUUUGUUUAGUUUGUAAAACAUAGCACAAAAGCUAUGUUUUCUGAUGUAUGUAAACUUGUGGUUACUCAUAUACUUGGUAAAAUGUCUACAAAGAGACCUUUCUCUCUAGAAAAGUUGGUGGUGUUCUGUAACUGUUUAAUGUGUGUUUAUGAUGCAUUUUGUUUUCUGUAAUUUUAAUUCUUUUAUUGUCAUUAAACCAUGUGUUUUAUUA